GACGGUGUGGAAUUUCGGUGAGGAAUGGUGGAGUCCAGGAGUUUUGUUGAUCAGGCAGGCUCCGCUGGGGGGGGCCAAACUGAUGGAAUGGAUGGAGUAUUGCAAUUUGGUGCCUUCCAGAGUGGUUUGUCCACACACACACACACUGAAGGUGCAGACACUUUUCUUCCUGACAGGUUUGUCAAUGCACUGUUGUGCCUGCGCGCAAUGAGAUGUGUCUUAUUGUUUCUUGAUAUGAACACUAUUUGAACCGCAGCAUGCCGAGAAGUCGAACCAGAUCUUUUUGCCUGUAUGGCAAAGGAGGACUGAAAGGAGUGUUUGUCUUCUACACCUUUCCAAGAUAACCUACAGUCCAGCCAUUCCGAAUGAGGCCUUCCCCUUUUUCAUCGCCGCCCGUCCGUCCCUGCAAACGCGUGGUUCAUCCGGGGGGGAUCCGCUCUGGGCUUUGCGCCAGCCCCCCCGAGGGGAAUAGCUUCUCCAUCACCACCGGCCGAUCUGAGAUUCUGUGAGUCGGAAGGAUGGCCAUUGCGAACAAGACCCCAUUGAUGAAAAAAUAUCAUGAGAAUACAUUCAACAAAGACCAACCAUGAGAGGAACACCUGAAGCCGGGGUGUUGCCUCGAUCUGUGAGGUCUCUUUUUCCUGCGUGGUUGUGGUUUGUUUCCAUCUGCCUGAAGGAUCCGAUGUCCCGGUGCCUUUUUCACUGCGUGCCUCUCGCAUCCCAGCGCAUCUCUUGGCUCGAGCACCGGCGACUGGGAGACCGCCAUGCUUGGUGAGGUGCCGUUGGAGCCUGGCCUUCAGCCAAAGCCUGGCCUUCAGGCAUUGAUGCUCCAGCGGCUGGACGUGCGGCUGGCGCUGGCACCACAACAGCCGGACGUGCAGCUGGCGCCGUUGUGUUCGUGGGGUGCAGCGGGCCACAUGACCGGUGACUGCAAUCCCUGCGUAUUCUUCUUCUCCAACUAUGGCUGCAGCCUGGGCAACAGAUGUGGAUUUUGUCACCUAAUGCAUGCCAAAGAAGAUGUCGGCAGACCAAAGGUGACAAGACGCAAGAGGAUGCCAGAAAGCGGUCGAACUCAAAGGCCUUGCAUAGUCCUUCUGGCAUGUGGAUCAUUUGCUUUGAUUCGCUUUGCCCCUGCAGGAUUCGAGAGCAGGUUUGUGAGGUUCUCGAGUCACACCAGGAUCCAAUUGAUGCACAGGCAGGCCUUCAGCGUUUAGCGCAACAACAUCCUUACGUACGUUUGGUGAUCAAAGCUUGUUUGAAUGAAUUGGAGCGACAAGUGGGCCCUGCAAACCUUGCAGGGGUUCUUUUUUCCUUGUAGAUCUUCCAGAGGCAAGGGAUGAACAGUGAUGGCUGGCUGGGAACAAAUUGUCCUUUCGAAAUGUUGAAUGCCUGGGCCAGGAGGCCUUCCUGCAUAUCUUAUCA